AUGCAGGCUGCCCUAUGCAGCGAUCGAAAUAAGCAAAUUAAAGAAGUAGAAAAUGGUUGCUUAGAAAAAAUUAAUUUUAAGAAGAAACCAGAAGAGUACUUAUUAUCGUCUCCUUAUAAAAAGAAUACAGGUCCUAAUGUAGCAAAUCUUAAUAGUAGUGAUUCAGAUAUGACGAAAGAUCUUGUGGAAAGUGAAUCCCUAUGCAGCGAUCAAAAUAAUGGAAUGAACGCAAUAGAAAAUAUCCAGGGAAUAAAUUCCGUUUCAAGAGAAAUAAAUAGAGUCAUCAUCAUCAUUUCAUUACUUAAGCAAAAAGGAUAUAGAUUCUAUGUCAAAUGGUACUAA